UUCAAAUAUCGGAGGCAAAUAUGCAGAAAAAGCAGACAUUUAUCCGCCUCAUUUACUCACUCGCUAACACAUGCUUGAUUUGCUCCGCGUCGAAAGACUACGGGUGACGAUGAGAUUUUCUGUGAUCGUGACAACCACGGAGCGAUUACGGGCAUUGAUCAUUUGAUUUACCAUCGUUUGAUCCCUGAUGCUAUGUGUGGCUAUCGCGUCGUUCUAGAAGCAUAGCUCUGUAGAAUGACAGCUCGACAUUUAAUGCCGAUGACAUAAUUAUCCAUGCUUCGUGCAAACGACCUUGAAGAACGAACACUUCUCCUCUCUUGGCUCUCAGAGUCGUUGCUCGAUGAGUGUUCUGUUAAUUUUCUACAAUGAAUAUCAGUGCGCCGCCGAUGAUCAAGAUGUCCAAUAUUUACAACAAUUCAGCAGUGCGAUUCUGGCACUUUAUAUUCCACGAUUUAUCCGAUCCUCGAACUAGAGACUGGUUUCUCAUACCGUCACCCAUACCCGGUCUUAGUAUAAUAAUUGGCUAUCUGUAUUUCGUAUUAUCAUGGGGUCCGAGAUACAUGAAGCCUCGGAAGCCAUACCAAUUAAAAAAUAUUCUAAUCGUGUACAAUUUUCUACAAAUUAUUAUUAGCAUAUGGUUGUUUUGGGAAGGCUUGACCGGUGUAUGGCUCCAUAACUCCUACAACUGGAGAUGUGAGCCUGUGGACUUUUCGUAUUCCCCGCACGCUCUGAGAAUUGCAAGAGGUGUUUACACAUAUUUUCUGGCGAAACUCACGGAGCUCCUUGACACAGUGUUCUUCGUCUUACGCAAGAAAGAAAAGCAAAUCACAUUUCUCCAUAUGUACCAUCAUACCGUGAUGCCAAUGAUAUCGUGGGGUGCUACAAAAUAUUAUCCCGGAGGCCACGGUAUUUUUAUAGGAAUCAUUAAUAGCUUUGUGCACAUCAUCAUGUACACUUAUUAUCUAUUGGCAGCGUUGCUACCUCAUUAUCAAUACCAACGAUACCUUUGGUGGAAGAAGUACAUUACCACUUUGCAAAUGACUCAAUUCUGUCUGGCCUUCCUGCACAAUAGCCUAUUAUUGUUCUACGACUGCGACUAUCCGAAAUUUUCGCUAAUCUUUACCCUGCCGAACGCGAUGUUCUUCUAUUUCCUCUUCUCGGAUUUUUAUAAUAACGCCUACAGUCCGAAGAAGGAAAAGGACGACUCAACACCAUCGAUCCAGAACUCGGACAGAGCAAACGACAUCGCGAAGAAAGUGAGCAACGAAGAGAUACCAAACGGAAAAGGGAAAAGCGACUAAUUGGAAACAGCUGAAGAAGAAGAUAACGCGACCGCAGUAAUUCGCGACGCCAUUACCAUUCCGCUCUAUCACUUGAAUCGCAACUACAGUUUCUAUCCCGUUAAUUUUGCCGACGUGUCAGAAUAGUAAAGAACAUUCAGAGAGAAUCAAAAGACACAAUGCAAAAGUAAAUCGUAACGAUCGAGAAGAUCUGACAUUGGCGCAAACCGAGUACAUUUAAUUAUUUAGAGAUUUAAAUUUUUAGUUUCUUUUUUUUUACACAAGCUAAAGCCAUUCAUCUAUUAUGCAUCUUUUAUCCUGCAUUUUCUUAUCUUUAGUGUAUUCUUAUAUUAUAAUGAAAUUUUGACAGUUAAGUCAAUGUCAAACUUCAGUGCAUAAUUAGCAUAGGAUAUCUCAACUAUCACAUAGUGAAAAAUGAAUAUCAUAAAAUUCUCUAUGCGAAGUUGAUAAUUUCAGCAGAAUGUACUAUAUAUUAUGUCAUUCAAGAAAAGCAAUAUUACUGGGAAUUACAUAUUACAUAGCAACAGCUAAAGAUCAAACAUUCCAUAUACCUCGAAAAAUUUAUAAAACAUCACAUAAUAUAUGCCGAAAAAAUAUAUUCAUCUAUAUUUAAAGCUUUGCUAUUGUCAUAAUCCCCGGUGCCGAAUGGUCAGUUUUCUAACUUCAUGCGCAGCACGACGCUUAUAAGAUUAUACAGAUUAAGAGCAUUAUCCUAUAUGCGGUUAUAAAUAGCUAGAUUCUGUAAUUAUCGUUGGGCAUUUGCGUUUUUUGAUAUGUCAAAAUAUAUGCGUAACGACAUUUACAGAACUUACAACUAUCGGUAGCCAUGUGCAGAAUAGUAAUCUUUUAAUCAUAACUGUGUAAUUGUGAAUUGAAUUGUGGUUUUGGAUUGUAAGGAGGAUACGAACAGAAAUACGAGCAGGAAUACAGAUCACACUGUGAUGAAAAGUUAAUACUUUUUUGUACUUUCAAAUUUGCUAUCUUGUGACAUAAACUAUAUGUAUAUCUAAUACGACUAAUUAUUCGACUAAAGCCAAUCAUACGAUACUAAGAUAUGGUACUAAUGAAUAUCGCGUGCCCUAUAUAUACAAUUUUAGAUAGAUAGUUAUUUAACGAAUAUAAAUCAUACCAAUUGUUUAUGAAUGCUAAUGAAAAGUUUAUAAAGAUAUUCAAAAGAGGAUAUUCCAAAGAUUUAUCAGAAUAUAGAAAUCGUAUCGAUAGAGUUAAUCAUAUAUGGAUAUAAUAUAUACAAUCAUUUAAUUAAAAUAUGUCAAUCAAAAGCACUUUUUUAAAAAAAGCAAUAAUAUUAGAUUUUCCCGUUCUUGCAUGUAUGAUAUACGAUAUAUUGCAAUGAUAAAUGUAGAGAGAAUGUAGUGUAUAAAGAUAUAUAUAUAUAUAUAUAUAUAUAUAUAUAUAUAUAUAUAUAUAUAUAUAUAUUCUUUAUAUUAUAUAUCUUAUAAGAAGACACUUCUGAAAGAUAUAAGUAAAAUAUAAGUUUUAUUAUAAAGUGCAAUAUGCAUUUUUGUCAAUGAAGCUAUUUAAAUUACAGAUUUGUUGGAUACUGCCAAAUUUAUCUUGAAUUAAUCACACACAUUAGAGAAGUAAGAAAUUUUUUAAUUAAAUCUAUCAUUGAUUGAGAAAAGUUGGUUGAAAAAACAACUUAAAAUUAUGUCUAAAAUUGAGAAUAUCGUCACUAGAAAUUAUUACCGUAAAUGUUUGUACAUACUCACAUACACACAUACGUAUACGUACAUAUAACAUUUUCAAAUAAUGACUUUCAAAGUUACGCGUUAAAUGUGUUCGAAACAAGUCAAUAAUCAAAUAUAUAUAGACAAAUAAUUGUAGACAUUACUAGGAACAAAAAGUAAAUAAUUAAUACAUGACAUAAUUGUCAUUUUUCGAAUAGAAUAAUACGCCGUAAUGUAGAUACAUAAUAUUAAAAAUGAUUAUAAACCUUAAUUGUUAAUUAAACAAACAAAGUUACGAGAAAAGGACUUUUAAAGUAUUGCUCUUUUGAUUACAUUUUUUUAAUGAAAUCUAAUACAACAUUUGGUUAUACUUCAACAAUUAGAUAAUAUGAUAGUUUCUCGUUUAACAGAUUCAAUUGAAGUUGUUUUUGUGCAUUUUUGACUUGAUUUUUCUUAGUUCAACUAACAUGUGUUCUUUUUUCUAUAUCUUGCCAAAUUUUUUUUUUAAAUUUUGGUUAUUAUAUUUUUUUUUAAAUAAAAAAUUAACUAUAAAAAUAUGUUCUACAAAAUUAUUUAUUUAAAAUUUAAAACUAAUGUAUGCACUUAUUACUUAAAAAUAUUUAAUAAACUUAUUAUUUUUAUAUUAAAUUAAAUAUUUAUCAAAAAGUUUCUCUUAUAUUGUUAAAUUGAUGUGCAAAUGUGUGUUUGUGGGCCUGCGACUAUUCUAUUAGUCAUUCUCUAUUUGUUCACUCUUAAUCCUUAAUGAAAAAUAACUUGUAGAAAAAACAACUUCAGAUACGCGUCGGAAGUUGAAUAGCUAAAAUAAAUUUCAAAGAAAAUGGCUUUAAACCUGUUUGCUAAUCCCGUAGUGCCACUAUUUCCUCUUUGUCUUCUUUUAUCUAAUUUUACUGAUUUUACUAAUUUUUUAUCAAAUUUUAUUGAUUUUUAUCUAAUUUUACUAAUUUUAUUGAUAAUGCUUUCAUAUCUGGCGAUACAAAUUAUAAAAUAUACGUAGAUUUUUAAAGUUUAUGGAACACAUAUUAUUUUUUGAAGAUACUAAAAUGGGUUUCAAAUGUAAAUAAUUAUUACUUAUUACCUAUCCAUAAUUACAAAUAUUAUAUCUCUUCUAGCUUAGAUAAUCUCUCUUCCAAGUGAUCUAUUUUCGAAGAGUCGCAAUUUCAGAAUUGUUGAUCGAUUGCUCAAACUUUGAUCAAAAUCUCACGAUCUUGAACGAAUGGAUGGAUUAUUAUAUCGAUUGCAUAUUUGUAUCAUAUAAUGUACGUAUAAUUUUUGUUACAGAAUAAAAGUGUAUAUCAUUAAUAUGAUAUUAA